AUGUCUGAAGAAGUUGAUAUGAAUGUUGAAAAUGAGGAAGAUGCUGGCAUUAAAGUAGAACACGUUGAUUGCUAUGAUGCCUUUAAUACUUCUCAAUUGUUUGCUAGCCAUGAUGAAGUUUUACAAUGGGCUCGAUUGUUGGCUCAUGACAUUAGAUUGGUUGUUGUUAUAAUGAGGUUAGACACCGAUAUUGGUGUUCGAGGAAGAGCCUCAUUUCUGUUGAUAGCUUGUGAAAGGAGUGGUGAGUAUAGGCCUAAGAAACAUAAUUUGGUAAGAAUAUGCACUAGCAGCAGAAAAUGUGGAUGUUCGUUUAAGUUGCGUGCGAAGCCAGUUUCGGGAGGAGGAGGAUGGAUGGUGAAGUUAAUUUGUGGGGCUCACAAUCACGAAAUGGCAAAGUCAUUAGUUAGGCAUCCAUAUGCGGGUCGACUAACAAAGGAUGAGAAGAUUGUUGUUGCUGAUAUGACGAAGUCGAUGGUAAAGCCAAGAAAUAUUUUGUUACGUUGA